AUGGGUGUAAUAAAUGAAUUUAAAAGGCAUAAAACUGGUGAAGGGCAAGAUGUGGUUGAGUGUAAAAAAAGCUUAUGCGAAUUACCUGAGGCGGUUCUCCAACACAUCCUCUCUUUCCUUCCAAUGAAAGAAUCUGUAAGAACAAGUGUUCUAUCAAAAAGAUGGGAAUAUCUCUGGACUUCCAUUCCUGAGCUCGAUUUCGCUGAAAAUAAAGCCCCUCUGGGAUUGGAUGAAUAUAAAGCCAAUAGAACCAUGUUCAUGGAUUUUAUCUCUGCUGUCGUGAGGCGCAAUGUUCGAGUUGCCUGUCUUUUCCUCGGGGAACUGCAACAAACCUUUUCAGUUGCCUCAUUGCUUUUUCACUUGUGCUUCGCUUAUUGUAUUACGUAUACAUGUCUCCGACACUCUGACACUCCCUCCUUCAAUUUGGUUCUCAAGUCUCAAGGCUGUGCGUAUUUGUUGCCCGCUGCCCGCUGCCCGCUGCUUGAAGAGCUCACUAUAAGCGAAUGCGGUUGGGAGAAUGUCAAGGCUGUGCGUAUUUGUUGUCCAAACCUCCAGCGCUUGUACAUACAUGAGAUGUGCGUUGAUGGCUGCCCUUGGGAUGAAUCGGAAGAUUGCCAAGUCAUGAUAUCUGGUAGUUCUCUCAAGGAAUUCUGUUACUUGGGCGACUUCAUGAAUGACUUAUGCUUUUAUGACUGUUCCCCGUUAGAAAAUUUGAAGAUUCGAAUAUAUAAUUGGGAUCAAAGGGCUAGAACAGUUUCCAGACGUUUAUAUAAGCUUCUAAGUGGGCUGUCUGAUGUGAAAAGGCUAAAGUUUGCAAGUCCUGCUAUUGAGGUACUAAAUUAUGAUGCAGCACUUCUAGACUCUCUGCCCUUGUUCAGUAAUCUGUCCUUUCUGGGAUUGAAUUAUGGGCUGGUAAAUCUUGAUUCUAAAGCCCUACUAAAGAUACUUCAAAACUCACCGAAGCUUGAAACUCUUCAAUUUUCUAAGGGGAUCAACCUUUCUUCAGACUUCGACAAAAACAGAGGGAUAUUGGAUCCAGUGCCUGCGUGUUUCUUGUCACACCUAAAAACCAUUGAAGUUUGCAAAUGUGAUGGAAAUAAAGAUCUUUACGUGGAUGUGGUACAGAUAUUACUCAAGAAAGUAGUGAUUUUGGACAAGUUAGUUUUAUAUUGUCGCCGAUCUACAUGGACUCCCGACGAGAUGGAGAAGAUUCGCAAAGAACUCCCUAGAGCAUCCCAGGUUCUUCAAAUGGAACUCAUGUAACCUUUUGUCAAAUUAUUAACCUGAAAGUCAUCGUGAAAAGCAUUUUGUUGCAGCCUCUGAAGCCUGCAAUGAUGGGGCUAGUUAUGUCAUUGUAGGCACAGGAAGUUUGGAAAGCUUCUUACUUGGAUUUAUGUAUGUAAAAGUUACGGAAUUGCGACAUUGUUAGCAUGUUAUGGAGUGUUUGUGUUAUGGAUUUGGUGGUAAUCAUUCAUCGAUAGAGAGCCAUUUAGCCA